AAGACCCCACCUCACCCCUCUGCUCCUGGAGCUUAUAAAGAGAAGGCUUUGCCGCCUCUUUCCACAUACCAGACCUUGACUUGUCUAGAGUCUUUCCUGUUGACUCUCUUCAUUCUUCUCACUGUUCUUUGCCUUCCAGCUUUUCCAAUCCAUUUUCUAACCCUUUUCACCUUGAACAAUUCGUCAAUAAUUUUAGAAAAUUCUACAUAGUGAUACUUAUAUAAUCACUACAUAUCUAUAUAGUGUUAUUGACUUAUUUCCCACCCUAUUUACUGUUCUAACUUAAGACCUCAACUACCAACCAAAUAUAUGGCAUCAAUGUCCUCCCAUGGUUCUGGUUCUUGGACUGCUAAGCAGAACAAAGCCUUUGAAAAGGCUCUGGCUGUGUAUGACAGAGACACCCCCGACCGUUGGCACAAUAUCGCCAAGGCGAUUGGUGGGAAAACUGCAGAGGAAGUGAAGAGGCAUUAUGAGAUCCUUGUGGAGGAUGUCAAGAAUAUUGAGGAGGGCCAAGUGCCUUUCCCAAACUACACAGGAUGAAAAAUCUAAGGCUCCGGUGAGUUACAACCUCGAAGAAGCGAUAAUAAAGGAGCAUUGCUGUUCUAUAUGCUCAUAGUAAUUCGAAAAUCAUCGGUAGAUGAUUCUUCUUUCUAUUAUCGUAUUGUUUAUGACCUAGUAAUCAUCAAUUUAAGUUUCGAAAUGUGUAGUAGUGGUGCUCUACGAAUCAAAAUAAAGCUAUGUUAUGUAGUUCCUAUAAUUCUGUUCAGUGUAAUAGUUUCUAUGAAAUUAAAUGUAUGUAUGUGUUCGAUUUAA